CGGUGCGUCAGCCAAUCAGAUCCCAGGAAAGCAAGACACAGGUUUCCGGCCUGGUUAGCGACAACACUCUGCUGAGGUCUGAAAGACGAAGAGGAGAAGCCGCGACUCGUAAACAAUUCAACGCUGCAGCUUUCAGAGAUUCAACUGUAAUCUACCAGUUGGCAGUGGGACAGACAUGACAUCUGUUUGCUGAGCUGCUCCGCCCUAAGCCACUGCAAACACUGGUGUGCAACUUCUCAGUGAAUGAGACUGACCCCCCCCCCCCCCCCCGUCACCAUGGAAACAGAAGCAGAAGUAAUUCCGAUCUGGCAGAAUAAGCCCCACGGAUCCACCCGCAGUGUUGUGAGAAGAAUAGGUUCUACACUCCCACUCAAACCUCCACAAAGGGCAUGUUUCCAGGAACUACCAGGCCUACCCGCACUUCGGCCUAUGGAUGGCCCCCUGGUUCCAACCUUUGCAGAUAUAGCUUGGAUUGUUGCAGAUGAAGAGGAGACAUACGCCAGAGUCCGGAGUGACGCACGUCCUCUAAAACACGAAUGGCGGCCCACGCCUCUCCUGGUGCUCCACAGGAACUCGUCCGUGCCUAACUUCCGUCGCGAGGGCAAAAGGGUGGAGGGAUUAAGGAAGCCUGGGGUCACGGCGCUUAAUCGUACGACAGCCCUGCAGGACGAGCUCAGCAGACUCCGUGCACAGAUCGCCAAGAUUGUGUCAAAUGAUUCUGGCUCUAACCCCCUGACUCCUGAUCUGCUCUCCCCCGACGACACAAGCAUGAGCUUCUCCAUGGCGCCUUUCGAGACGGCACCAUACCAGCCGGCUGCCACAGCCGCUGCUUCCUUUGUCAUCAGCGAUGUCACAGAGGAGGAAGAAGAGGAGGAAGAGGAGGAAGAUGACAAAGAUAUGGUCUCUGUGGUGUCAGAGCUGGUCCCUGACCCUCUGCCGCCAGUUUCUAUGACGGCGUCGGCAACCUUUGACCUGGACAGGCCCAGCAUGGACUUCCGUGAGGCUGAGGAGGAUACAGUGUCACUGUCGAAGUCCACCAGCUUUGCUGACGUCAUGGACAUCCUGAAGGACAUGAACCGCAUGAAGAUGAGCAAAGACAGGUACAACAGAGGCUGUACGUCCCUGAGGGAGGAGGACUCUGCAUCUCUGAUUUCAGAAGCUUUGAGGAAAAAGUUUGUCUUGAAGGAAGAAGAUACUGCCGCUGUGAAACAGAAGUAACAUGUUUAUCAUCACCACCAGAUCCUGCUGUUCAAUGCCUUUGCCUGUGGAAUAUGUACCCAUGGAUCCACAACCUUGCUCCUCAAACCCAAGGCAAUAGCUGUCCGCCUCAGAUGAAAAAAACCCACACUACGUCCCUGAUGUUCACAUCCAAAUGUGAACUUCCCAGUGCAGUGUGAGGGGGUGACCUGCUAGGUCAUGAUAACAAUAAUCAGUUCAGCACUGCGUCGCAUGUUGCAUUCAGUGUAUUUCUCCCUGAGGAAAAAAAAGCUUUUAUGUUCAAAUUUAUUUUCAACAAGGACUCAACAGACUGGUGCCAGUGUUGUCCAGUAACAUGGUCCCUGCAAAUCUGGGGUGUUGUGUUAUAAGAAGGCACUGACAACCAAACCAUUGUGACGGUGUUCUUGGAUUUAAAUUGAGGAAUGUCCCUUUAAGGUGCAUCGUAUCCAUCCUGCUAUGUAAAGAGUCCGAAGUUAUUUUUCUUUCUUUUGAAUUUUCCAUAGAAAAGAUGCAAAUAAGUUUUUCAGUUGUGUAAAGAAGUCUUCUAACAUACUUGAAAAAUAUUUUUUCAAAUGAAACCAUCUCGUGCGCAGGCAGAGAUGCAGUGUAUUUUAUCAACGGUGUGUGUGUGUUGGGAAAAAUACAUCCACAUCUUUGCCGUUAAUUUUUGCAUUUCAGUUCGGAGUUUGCAAAUGUGCUUGUUUUGUGAAUAGCAUAUAGAGUAACAGUCACUGAACCACAAGGCACUCAUUUUAAUCCCAAACUGAAAUACAUUGAUGAAAGGAUGCUUGUGUGUCCAUUAAAGGCAACAACAGAUAUAAGCUUCAGCGGGUCUUUUACAUAGUCAUUUAGCUAAUUGGUAGAUGAAAUCACUUCUUUGAUAUUUUCUUUACUGACGUGGCAUCAAAGAGGUGAUUUCAGUUUGGGCAGAGACAACUGAGUUAUGUGAAGCAGAGCUUUUACGUCAGUGUGUGUGUGUCACAAUGAAUAUUGUCGUUGACGCCUUACCACGGAUCUAUUGCCUGUUCCAAUGCCUGGUUUUGUUCCCUUAUUAGCUCCAAGUGCCAUGGGUUUGUUUUAAUCAGCCCACGCUUCAAUGCCUGCCCUGUGGUUUUCCCACAUGUGCCCUCCAUCCUUAACGUUACGAAGUUCCACAUGUCUUCAUUCCUCACACAGACAAUGAAUGACUAUGUGAAGAGCCAGUUGUGAGUGUUUGGUAUUGUUAAACGUUAGGCAAAAAUAACCACUCGUAAGAAAAUACUCGCUGUUUGGUCAUUUUCACUUCCAAUUAUGUCACUCCUGCUAUGGUUCAUCCAUCCUGUUUAUUCCUACACGACUGGGAAUCCUGUAGUUUAGUAUUUUGCAGUGUGAAAAAAAGUUUUUACUGACUUAUGUGUUUGGAUCGAACAAGAAUGUGCCCAUCGGUGUGUCAUUGUACGCGGUGAAAUUGAAAAUUAUGUUUUGUCUUUCUAGAUUUUCUUCAACAAUUCUCAAUAAUUUCUCAGUCUAUUUCAUCGUUGUUGAAAGUGACAAAGUAACUGAUGAGCUAAAAAUGUUUAGGUUUAAAUAUCUCCAUCAUGCGUCUGUACUUGAGAUGGUAAACCUUACUCAGUAAAUGCGGCCAACUGCAUCUUCACUCCUGAUGAUAAAUUGAAGGGAAAUUUUAUUCAGCGAGGAUGUGCCACAGAAUUUGACUGUUUUAAAUUUUGACUGUCUCUCUUUGUUCGUUUAUCACAGUUGUACCUCUGUAUGGUUGAGCCCACCACCACCUAUGUGGUUUUUUUCUUUGCAAUGUAUGGACUUGUAAAUAAAGAUGGGCUGAUGUUUUGAAACUA